GCAGUUAUGUUCCUCUUGUUGAUCGUCGUCAUCGUCUUACCUACUGUUGCCUCUGAUGAUAAGCAGUACACUGCUCUUCACUUUGGUACCUCCAGUAAUGACUACAUUGGAUUUACUUAUAAUAUGGCCCCGUUCCAAGAUUCCUUUUCCAUCUGUAGUUGGAUAAAACGUGUAGACACCUCUAACAGUUACCCGCUAGUGUUUAACUACUAUGCAAGUGGCAAUGAGAUCUUGAUAACUUCUAAUGGGCACUACAACCACGUAGUAGGAGAUGGAGAUUUGAACUAUAAGGAGAGUGUGUUCACAACACCUGUCAGGAGCUGGUUUCACUAUUGUAUUACUUGGUCACUCGCCUCGAGGAGCAUCAACCUGUAUCUUGACGGUAAUUUGAUAGGCACAGGUACGACAGAUUCUGGAAGAACACUGAAAAUGGGAGGAACUCUGUUCUUCAAUAGAUUUUCUUACAGUACAAGUUCUAGUAGCAUUUUCGGAGGCCAGAUUUACCAGUUCAACAUAUUCUCUGAGGCACUCAGCUCGGCUGAUGUAAAGAAAAUAGCAGAAGGUGGAAUGUGUUCGGACCUUACAGAAUUCUCUGGAACUGGGGAUCUGCGAUGGGAACACAUACUGUCCCAGUCCAGGAGCGGAUCUGUGAGAGAGGUAGAGAUUGAUGAUAAUGAUAUGGUGGAGUGUUUAAAAACUCGAUUGAAGAGGUCACAAGAGGAGCUGGCCAAUGUGACUGGACGGCUGAACGAAACGGAAAGUCAACUAAGUGAGACGGAGGAUAAACUGAAUACCACUAUUGAAGAGCUAGGAGCUGUGAGAGGUAAACUGAACUCUACUGAGGAGAAGCUAGACGUAGUCACCAGGGACCUCAACAAAACAGACGCUGCAAUGGAAUCGGUAAUCGGACAGCUGAAUUCCACCCAGGAGGAACUGAAUACCACUCAGGAAGAGCUAGGAACAGUAAAAGGUGUACUGAAUGUCACUCAAGAAGAACUGCAGACAGAGUCAGCGCAGCACAACAAGACAGGGGAGAAGCUGGAUACCUGCUCAACUUCCCUAACAAGCACACUGACCCAGCUGGAGACCGCCAGGACAUAUAAGUACAUCACCAGGUGGGAUGUCCUAUACACCACUCCCUACUACAACAAGGUGCUGACGGAGGAACUGUUCCAGCAACUGUCUUCCAGUUGGGGACUGUUGGGGAAAUUUGUUGGCACGAAUAUAACCGAAGGUAUUGUCGACCACUUCCGCCAGUACCACCAAGAACCUGUGUGCGACGUCUUCGAGCAACUCUCAUAUCCAAUGCUUAGACAGUUUGAAGGAGUUGAAUGGACAAAGAAUAUAAAUGAUCACCUCAGAGACACUCACCUGGUGAACCGUGAAGACUCACCAUGCGAGAGCGGUACGGAGAGCUAACUUAUUAAGACAUAACUGGACACGUGACUGCAGCAUCAGUAGUCCUAUUUAUAAUUUUAUUGAGACCCUUAGUCAAGGAACAAUAAAAUUUUAUUAUGAGCUUUUUUAAGGCGUGAUUUAUAUCUCCGAACAAGCAUACUCCUCAAAUUACACGCAUUCAGCAUUGCAAUAACUUU